AUGGCAGCUGUUGAGGGCGAGUGGCUCAUCAAGUUGGAGCGCGGCUGGAGUGCGUGGAUGGUUGGAGAACAAAAGUUCCAUGGACCUACAGACCAGCCUUUCCGCUACAUGUUUGGCAAGACAGAGUUUCAGGUCGAGUUUCACAGCGAGACGGAGGGUACCUCCAUGAAUCUGUCCACGGGCAAGGCUCGCCCGCUGUGCUUCGUCCCGAAAGGUCAGGCGCCACCCAUGGAAGAAGAAGGCGAAGAAGUCCAGCAGUCUCAGGCUCCGGCCGCUGACAGCUCAGCAGACAAGCCCAUGCAGGCCACAAAGGCCGAUAGCAAUUUGCCGACAUGCUACUACCUUGCAACCAGUGCCACCCAGUCGUAUGAGGGAGAGUACCAAUGGAUGAUUGAGCUGGAGAAGGGCUGGAGUGCAUGGAUGCCAGGGAACGAGCCCUUCGAUGGCAACACGGAUCAGACUUUGCGUUACACCCUUGGCAGGUAUGACUUCGAAUGCCAUUUCGAGGAUGAGAGCCACGGCACUCAGACUAACUUGACGACUGGCAAAGUGCGCAAGAUCCAACGACUGCGAAAGGGAGAGUCAGCUCCAGCUUGGGAAGGUACAGGUAUCAGAAGGCGGCCGGCGAACGGAACCGGUGCAGCAGAUGUAGGGGUGGCCCCUGCAGAAUCUGCAGCCAUGGCUGCGCAAGCCCAUCGAGCAGUCCGUCGCACUGCUGCUGGGUAUCCUGCAGCUACUGCAGGUGCGCCAGUGAAGAGCGCGCAAAAGUUUGCCCUCCGUACAUCCAAGCCAGCAGCAGCUGCAAGACCACAGGUGUCUGAAGCUGCUCAUAAGGCCACGGCCGCUCCCAGUGCCCCGAGAACCACCGGACCACCCACGACCUCAGGCGGCAACGUCCCUCGCUUCAUGCGGCCACUCAAGUCCAAAGCCUGA